UGACAUUUUUGUUGUGUUUUAUAAUUUCAAUUGAUUUUAUCAAUAUCACGAUACAAUUACCGUAAAGAAAAUAUAGUUGACUACUGUACCAAAACAAAGCCUAAAAAAUGGGUGAACGUAAGGGGCAGAACCUCUACUAUCCCCCGGACUACGACCCUAAAGUCGGGGGAUUAAACAAAUUCAUGGGCACUCAUGCUCUGAGAGAAAGAGCCCGGAAACUUCACAUGGGGAUACUGAUCAUCCGGUUUGAGAUGCCAUAUAACAUCUGGUGCGACGGCUGUAAGAACCACAUAGGUAUGGGGGUCAGGUACAAUGCUGAAAAGACGAAGAUAGGAAUGUAUUACACCACUCCGGUGUAUCAAUUUAGAAUGAAGUGUCAUCUGUGCGACAAUCAUUUUGAAAUCAAAACUGAUCCUGGUAAUUUAGACUAUGUAAUAGUGUCUGGGGCAAGGCGUCAAGAAAACAGAUGGGAUCCAGCGGAGAAUGGCCAGAUUGUAGCUGACACAACGGAGACACAGAAGAAGCUUUUUGAUGAUGCCAUGUUUAAGCUGGAGCAUAAGACGGGAGAUGAGGAUGCUGCGAAGCUAGACAAACCCAGACUUGGACGGCUUGUCGGCAGGAAUGAAUCUGUGUGGAAAGAUGAUUAUGAUGCUAACUGUUCCUUGAGAAGGAAAUUUAGAAAAAGAAGAAAGGAACUGGAAGAGGCAUCAGUAAACGACAGUCUCCUACUCGCCAAAUCUUCUCUAGACAUCAGUCUGCUACCAGAAAAUGAGGAUGACAGAAACAUGGCUUCCUUACUCUCCCUUAGACCCUCAAAGAGCAUAGAAGAAUCCCAAUCACAUGUUAGAAGUAAGAUCCUCAAUACUCCAGCAUUACCCAGUUCUAGUGGACUUCUUACAAGCUUUGGUGGACUUAAAAAAGAAGAAUCAUUAGCUAAAAGCUCUUCUUUAACUAGACAUGCGUUAGGUAUCACAAUAAUAAAGAAAAAGAAAAUUGAAAAGGAGGUCGCAAAUGAUGAUCAUUUAAGUAAAGAAAUACAUGUAACAGACAAUGGAAAACUUGGUAAAGAAAUUGAAUCUAAAGACCUAGGAGUUAAAGAAGAAAAUGCGAUGGCAGCAAGAGAUGUAGUGAAAGGUAAUGAUGAUGUAAACACGGGAAAUGAUUGUAAAGUAGAUGAUAAAGAUAUAAAAGGAAACAAUGUAGAUGAUAAAAAGGAAGAAAUAGAAACGAAAGAUAAAAAGAUAUCACUGGUUUGUGAUUACAGCUCAAGUGGGGAGAGUUCUGAGGGUUAAACAGUAAGCUUAAGUGUCAAGGAAAAAUGGACUCUAUCACUCUACUUUAAAGUACAGCUGACAAAAACACAAUGUAAUACAAAGGCAGUCAGUUGCUUAAUUUGCAGCAUUUUUAUGUCAAAGACAUAAGGUUGAAUUUCAUGAGUUUUCACCAUUAUUGUUACUUGUUAUUUACCAUGUGAAUGACUAAGAGAGUUUAAACUUUUAAAAAGAUACUAUUAUGCAUAGCAACUAAAGUUAUGAUUUAUUUAUUUAUUAAUCCUUCUUGAUGGACUUCAAAUGUUUUUAAUUAAUUUUUGUUUUCAUUGUAAAUAUCAAUGAAGUAUCAUCAUGUUUGCCUGAAUUUACGAUUUUGAAAACAUGCUACUAUUGUUUGGCUUAGCAAGCAUAGGUUGCGUCUUCCUAUUUGCAUAUAUAAGGCUAGUUCACAUGAAUUAAUUAAGAGUUAACGCAUAUUAUUUACCAAGUAAGUAAAUCGAAUUGAGUUAAAAUCAGAUUAUUUAUUAACAGUAUUCCACUGUUAACUAAAAGAGCACCUGAUGAAAUAUGCAUGUAUAAAAAUCCAGACAAAUUGUAAACUAAAAGAAAGCAAGAAUAUGUAUAUUUACACGAAACGAAUAAAAAUACCAACAUCA